AAAGUCCUUUCAAUUCUUCCAACUCAAGAGGAACAAAUCGAGAUUCCGAAAGAUCUUGCACCAGAAAAGCUUUUGGAAGUCUAUAAGAAGAAUGGUCAGUUUAAUGAUGCCACCAAAUACUUACGCUCGCUUGAAAAAUCCCAAGAAGCUUCAGUCAUGCUAAGCAACAAUCUUGAUAAAGAUGAAAAUAUUAUUGAUUCUUUCUGCUACCUUUUACAUUCUUGUAGAGUAAUUAUACUUGUAGAUACGAUGAACAAUGAUAAAAGUACAUUAAAAGAAAAAGAAUUACAUAAAUUACUUAACGAUGCAUUAGAUAUCACCACGAAAGUCAAAUCUCAAUCUUUAAAGAAAUCUGAGAAGUGGAGUAGACUAAUGGAAGAGUUCCAGUUAUAUUUAGCUUAUCGGAAGAGUGACUUAAAUGAAGUUCAUAAAUGCAUACAAUCUUUCAAGAGGCGUAAUGAUACUAUUAUCGAGUUUCAGGCAUUAACCAUAUGGUUGAAAAUUCAACCAAAGUCCAUUAAUAUUGAGUAUUGGCAUGAACGAUUGCAAUAUCUAAUAAGGCUCUGUGAAUUAGCCUAUGAUUUUAUAGACCCGCAUAAAAAUGUUCACAACAAAGAGAAAAUCAACAAAAAUUUCGAAGAAAUUUUUUUCGUUGAGGAAGUACAAGAUCGCCCAGAUAAACGGAAAAUUUCUUUUGAUGAUCUGCUUGUUUGUCAUAUAAUCAAAAUGUAUGACAAAAACACAAUAGAGGAUUUGAAGGUUUAUAACGUGGAUAUUAUGUACAAGGCAAUCGCGAAGUUUCUUGCUUUAUAUAUAGAUGAUCUUAUAUCUAAGGCCCACCACAAGGGUAAAGAUAUUUCAGACAUAGCUUAUGAAAUUUGCAACGAUAGUGUGAAAUGUAAAAGUCAUUAUUGCCAGAAGCAUCACUUGAUUCCAACGCCAUCAAUUCUUCACAAACGUAUUACACUUGCAUGUCUUCAGUACACUGUAACACGAAAAUUAGAUACAAUAUGCUUUUGCAUACUUUCCUAUAGAAAUAUAGCUAUACAAAGGUUUUGGGCAGAAAGAUUAAUAGAAUAUCAUUUUCACUAUCAAUCCCCACAAUCAAGUUGUCCAGAGAUUACUCAUGCAGCAAUCAUCAAACUUCCUAGACACACAUAUAAUGGGCUUGUUGACCUCAUUUAUAAAGUUUGGUUAGGUAACGAAUUUGAUCCCUGUGACUUUGCAAAAAUGUUGAAAUGCAUAUUUGUUUUGCUUCAGUUACGGUGCAAAUGGGGCAUUGAUAAAUUUCAUUUGGAAAUAAGAAAGAACGAAAAAUCUUAUAACAACUUUGCAGCCCAAGUUGCAAAGCGACUUGCAUUAUUCGUAGAAUCUCUCCGCACUAACUUAGUGAUUGAGGCAAUAAAUCAAUCAAAGAAAUUCAUUAAUUAUGCUGUAAAAAAUUCCGAACAAGUUAAAAUAGAUACGUCUAGAGCUUUUAGUGACCUUACAUCUCUUAUAGAGUUCACGACGUUUUUGAUUUUGGCUGCUCGUCCUGGAUAUUGCGAUUUUUGCCUUCCCCGAAGUUAUUUGGUUAACUAUUAUGAUGUAUUCGACUUGAACCCAUCUCUUAUAUGUCUAGAGGGCAUAAAUAAGUACAAUAUAAUAACCUAUAACAAUGAAAUCACGGAUUUAUUCGAUCAAGUUAAAAAGAUUCUCGAAGAGAUUAUUGUAAUUAAUCAAAGCCAUUUUGUAAAUAUUCUGGAUGAUGACCUUAAAGAGAAUGGCUUUGAUUCACUAGUUAUAGUUUACCACAUCUGGGGAGGAAUGUCUAGAUUUUCUUGGGAGAAAUUUGGGAUCACAAAGAUUUCAUAUCGUAAUAUUGAAGAAUUUCGUUCUUCUCUUCGGAAAAUUACAACCAACGUCCCAAACGAUCAAAUUUCAUUUCAGCCAGCUGAUGGAA